AUCAGUGCACAUCAGUGCCACCUAUCAGUGCCAGUCAGUACCACCUAUCAUUGCCAGUCAGUGCCGCCUAACAGUGCCAUGCAGUGCCCAGCAGUGCCCAUCAGUGCCACCCAUCAGUGCCCCCCAGCAGUGCCACCCAUCAGUGCUGCCCAGCAGUUGUACCCAUCAGUGCCCAGCAGUUGUACCCAGCAGUGCCACCAGUCAGUGCCAUCAGUUAGUGCUGCCAGUCAGGGCUGUCAGUCAGUGCCGUCAGUCAGUGCCACCUGUCAGUGUUGCCCAUCAGUGCCACCAAUCAGUACCCAUCAGUGCCGCCUAUCAGUGCUCAACAGUGCCGCCUAUCAGUGACCAUCAUUACAGCAUAUCAGUGCAGCAGCAUCAGUG